AUGACCAAGCAGGAUAUCAUAGAACCCAUAGAAGCAUCAAAUUGGGGAACGCCAGUAUUACCGAUAUUGAAGACCGAUAAUACCAUCCGCAUUUGUGGAGAUUAUAAAACAACUUUGAAUGAAUGUUCAGAAAACGUGAGGUAUCCACUACCUCGAAUUGAAGAAAUAUUUGCAAAAUUGAAUGGAGGUAAGAGUUUCACCAAGUUGGAUUUGUACAGUGCAUAUUUGCAGUUCAUAUUGGAUGAAAAAUCUCAAGAAAUGGCAACAUUGAAUACUCAUAAGGGUCUGUACCGUAUGAAACGUUUACCAUUUGGAGUUGCACCGGCUAGUGCAACAUUGCAACGCAGCUUAGAGCAACUAUUCCAAGGAAUGGAAGGUGUCAUAAUAUACAUGGAUGACGUUGUUGUUACUGGGAGAACAACAGAGGAACUUAUGAGAAACUUAGAAAUGGUAUUGGAACGUAUGAAAGACACAGGAUUGACAUUGAACAAGGAUAAAUGUAAUUUUUUCAAGGAAGAAAUUGAAUAUUUAGGCCAUAUUAUUGACAGUAAGGGACUACGGAAAACUUCUGAUGAAGUAGAAGCGGUGUUGAAUGCACCCAGACCAAGAACCGUAAGCCAAGUUAGAAGUUUCACAGGACUAGUGAAUUAUUAUGCAAAGUUUCUUCCUAAUUUAGCAAUGGUAAUGAACCCCUUGUACAAACUGUUGAAGAAGGGAGACGAGAAACUCGAGUGGAAUGAAGAAACAGAAAGAUCUUUUAACUUGACCAAAAAAUUGAUGGCAGAAGACAUGAAGCUCAGUCAUUUUGACCCUAGUAAGGAAAUAUUGUUGGCAAGUGACGCAUCAUCGGAAGGCAUUUCGAGUGUAUUAUUCCAUAGAGAGAAUGGCAAGGAAAAGCCAAUAGGAUGCGUAUCUCGUACGUUAAUGCCAGUGGAAAAGAAGUAUGCUACGAUAGAUAAGGAGGCAUUGGCAAUCGUAUUUGGACUAAAGAAGUUUGAACAGUAUCUAAGAGGAAAUAGAGUCAUUAUCAAGACAGAUCAUAAGCCUCUUGUGAGUUUAUUUGGAGAAAGUAAGGGCAUCCCGGAGAGAAAUCGAGAUCUUUUGCAGAGAUGGGCAGUAUUCAUAGCAGCAUCUUUUGAUUAUAAGAUCGAGUACGUAAAAGGUAGAAAAAAUCAUAUGCCAUAUUGUCUUUCACGAAUUCCUUUGCAUGUUAACAUAGUCUCACGAGAACAUGAUACUAAGGGAUACUUGUAUUUCGCAGCGUCAACAAAGGAAUGGCCAGUUGAAAACGAGAGAGUACGUCAGGCAACGAAUAUAGACGAAGAACUUAGGAUGGUGAAGAAGUUCAUAGAAGAGGGUUGGCCGCAAAAGUGGCCCGAGUGUGUGAAACCUUAUCUUAGAAGAAGAGACGAACUGAUGGUGGAACAGGGAUGUAUUUUAUGGGGACAUCGGAUAGUGAUUCCGAAAAUUCUAAGAAGACGUAUGCUAGAAGAGCUGCAUACUAGCCAUUUAGGCAUAGUGAAAACGAAAAGCUUGGCAAGAUCAUAUAUGUGGUGGCCCGGUUUGGAUCAGGAGGUAGAGAAGCAUGUGAGAGCAUGUAACCCGUGCCAGGAAAAUAAGGAGAAUCCACCAAAGGAAGUAGUAUAA